AUGCGACACAAUGACUUGAAAACGACCCUGAAAACGACCCCAAUACAACCUUUUCAGAAGAAACAUUCCCAGAAGAAUGGUGACGUGGCAGAUGACCUAUUUUUCCGUUUUAUAAUNGACGCAAAAAGAUACCCGAACCGGAAGUACUCUAAAAGGUCACAUAAUAACGGCGGGAGAACUGUAUCCGAAUUCAAGAAGGUCAAUAGAAAUGUCUCUGGCGAGUCUGAAAGCGGUGAUGAUGAAAGGAAAGCAGAUGGGAAUAUUUCUAGUGAUGAGGAAAAUGACAGUGAUUGUGAUGUGAAUAGCUUGAAUUCUAAACCCAAUGUCUUCGAUGAGUCGGGAGAUAUCGUCGAGGAUGAAAUUAAUUGUAAUUCCAAUGAUGAACAUGUCAAUCUAGUCCUUGACCCUUCUGUGGAUCACUUGAACUCUCAUGAUUCUUGCAUGGAUCUUUCUGAUGAUCCAAGAAAGUAUGACAGCGAUUCUGAUGAGGAGAAUGAUAUUUUCGGAUAUCAGAAUGUCAAUCCAGUGCCGAAGCCAUCAAAUCGUGUCUCGAAUGAUCAUAGUUCACAGAUCGAUCUUCGUGAUGUUCUUGGAGAAAAGGGCUCGAGAAAGCCUGAAAGCGAUUCUGAAGAAGUGUCCGAUGUUUCCACAGGACAACAUGUGAAACCAAUGUCUCUCAAAGAAAAGUUUCCGAUUGGAUACAUGCAUCGACUUUCGGAUGAUUCAGACGACAGUGAGACAAAAGACACCGAAACAACACCCGAAGACUGUCCAUCACCGCCUAGAAAGAAGUCAAAGAGAAAUUCAGGUCCUCCUUCCCGCUACCAAGCUUCCUUCAAAUAA